AUGUCACAAUACAUCGGGAAGACAAUUUCUCUUAUUUCUAAUAAGGGGCUUCGUUAUGUUGGUCUUUUAGAGAACAUCAAUGCAGAUGAUGCAACCGUUGCUUUGAAGUCAGUGAGAUUAUUCGGUACUGAAGGUCGUAUGGCAGCAAUGGGUCAACCUAAUUUGGAAGUUCCUCCUGGUGUUGAUGUAUAUGACUAUGUUGUGUUUAGAGGUUCAGACGUUAAAGACUUGUCUGUUUUGGAUACUCCUAUUGAUGAAGUUAAACCAAACAUUUAUCGCCCUCCACAACAACAGCAACAACAGGGAGCAACCACUGGUCAAUACUAUUCUGGUCCUACAUCUACAUCUUCUCAGAAUGGUACUCCUCAAACCCAAACUCAAGCUCCUGCCACAACAUCAACAACAACUGCCUCUCAAUCUUAUGGGCAAACUAGUUCAAGUGCUCCAACUCAAGCUUCUCCAGCUCAAGCAGUACCAGCUCAACCAGUCCAAACUUCUGCCCCAGAAGCUUCCACUUCAUGUCAACAGCCUACUAAAACUGUAAAAGAAGAACAGGCAACCAAGACUGUCGCUGAUGAUCAACCGGCUGAUGCUCAACCAGGAUCAGCUCCACAACCAACAGCCACUAACCCAUCUUCCAAUCAGCUGCAACAGCAACAACAGCAACCAAGAAAGGGAUCAAAGGUGGAGAUUCCAACCGAGGAAUUUGAUUUUGAACAAGCGAAUGCCAAAUUUUCCAAGGAAUUAGAACAAGAACGUGAACUAGAACACGCUGGAUAUAACAAAAGCUCAUCAUUUUUUGAUAAUAUCUCCUCAUCAACUGAUGAAAGAACAAAUAUGAGAUGGCAUGAAGAAAGAAAUUUGAAUAUGGAUACUUUUGGUGAAGCUUCAUUGCAAAGAGGUAGAGGUAGAGGAAGAGGCAGAGGCGGAAGAGGUAAUUGGAGAGGCAGAGGUAAUUAUCGUGGUAGAGGUGGUAACUGGAGAGGUGGUAAUAGCAACCGAGGAAGAAACAGCGAUUACAAUACUAAACCAGAAUGGGCGUAA